AAUUCGUCUUCUGAUCAGAUCAGCCAUGAACUUAUUGUGCACCUGUCUAAUUUUUGGACUAUUAAAAUCAAAUUUUGUAGCAGCACGUUGGAGUACAUGGGGAGCUUGGGGCCACUGCAGCGUGACCUGUGGGACAGGAACAAAGGUCUCCCAUAGGACCUGUUCACACGGAUCAUGUGAUGGGUCGUCUACAAAAACCACGUCUUGUCAUCCCACACCACACACCUGCCCACCAGUUGACGGCCACUGGACAGCAUGGAGACAUUGGGGCUCCUGCUCAGCGACCUGUGAAGGGACCAGGACACGAAGUCGGGUAUGUCACCCUCCCGAACACGGUGGGGCUCCAUGCAGGGGAAAUAAAGUUGAAACAUCAGGGUGUGGCACUUCGCACUGUCCAGUUGACGGGUACCUGACAACUUGGACAUAUUGGAGCCUCUGCUCAGCGACCUGUGAAGGAACCAGGAAACGAAUUCGGGUAUGUCAUCCUCCCCAAUACGGUGGAUCUCAAUGCUUUGGGGGUACUAUCGAUAUCUCAGGAUGUGGUGCUUCCCACUGUUCAGUUGAUGGGCAACUCAGUGAUUGGGGAUCCUGGAGUCAAUGCAGUGCAACCUGUGAAGGUCUGAAGAGCAGGAGUCGAACAUGCAGCCACCCGCAGUAUGGUGGUGCUUCAUGCGACAACCAAACCACUCAAACAGCUAAAUGUGGGAAUGAACAUUGUCCAGUUGAUGGGCAACUCAGUGAUUGGGGAUCCUGGAGUCAAUGCAGUGCAACCUGUGAAGGUCUGAAAAGCAGGAGUCGAACGUGCAGCCACCCGCAGUAUGGUGGUGCUCCGUGUACCGGCCAGACAACCCAAACGGCUAAAUGUGGGACUGUAAAUUGUCCAGGCGUAACUUGCCCUACUUGUAAUGAGAUUUUGGAAUGCACAUGGAACACCUCAUGCCCCAUGUCUGAGACCUGUUUGGUUCGAAACUUCCCAGGAUACAAAUUCACCACUCACUGCAUCAUGAAAGACGAUUGUGAAAUCAUGAAAAAGCUGCAAAAAUCACAAGAACAGAUUUACUGCUGUGAUGAUGAAUCCUGCCUACAGGAUAUUCUUGGGGAAGGGCGUCUUAGUGAUUGGACUUCCUGGGGUCAAUGCAGUGCAACUUGUGAAGGUUUAAAGAGCAGGACUCGUACUUGUAACUCUCAACAAGUUGGUGAUGUUCCGUGUAUCGACGUUACACAAACAGCUAAAUGUGGGACUGAACACUGUCCAGUGGAUGGUGAUUCAUUACCUUGGGGAGACUGGUCACCGUGCAGUGUCACCUGUGGAAGUGGGACCAGGGUGAGAUCCAGGGCAUGUAUUCCACCACAGUAUGGGGGUCACAAUUGUACCGGACCAUUGUUUGAGAUGAAUAUCUGUAGUCCAGUGCAUUGUCCAACGUCACCCGUAGGUGUAACUUGCCCUACUUGUACUGAGAAUAUGGAGUGUACAUGGAACACCACCUGUCAUGUGUCGGAAAACUGUAUGAUCCGAGCCUUCCCAGGAUACAAAUUCACCACGCACUGCAUCAUGAAAGACGACUGUGCUCUCAUGAAAUUGCUCGGAAAAACACAUGGACAAAUUUUCUGUUGUGAUGAUGAAUCCUGUCUUCGGACUAUUCUGGGAAAUUAGUUUGCACACUUAGAUUGUAAUUUAUUCAGAAUGAUUAAAGAAUGUAAAAUACGA